GUCCCGGGACCUCGCGGCGUGCCGGAGCGUGGAGAGCGGUGGCUUAGUUGAGUCCCUUGAAAAUGGGAUUUUCCUGCCUCUGUGUGGCAUCUGCAACCCGGCGGCUGAGUGAUGAAGCAACCAUUAUCUCGGGGACAAAGCUUGCUAAACAAGUCCUGAAAGAAGUUCAAAGGGAUGUAGAAUCAUGGAUAUCCCUUGGAAACAGGAGGCCUCAUCUCACUGUCAUAUUAGUAGGAGACAAUCCAGCUAGUCAUAUCUAUGUCAGAAAUAAGAUAAAAGCAGCUGCAGCUGUAGGCAUUUCUAGUGAGAUCAUACUGAGGCCUAAAGACAUUUCUCAGGAAGAACUCUUAGAUAUGACAGUCAAACUCAACAAAGAUUCAAUGGUUAGUGGUUUAUUAGUUCAGCUACCUCUCCCAGAUCACAUAGAUGAGCGAACUAUUUGUAAUGCUAUUGCACCUGAAAAGGAUGUGGAUGGAUUUCACGUUAUCAACAUGGGACGUCUGUGUCUUGAUCAGCCUUCUAUAAUACCUGCCACUGCUGCUGCCGUAUGGGAAAUUAUAAAACGGACAGGAAUACAAACAUUUGGUAAAAAUGUUGUUGUAGCUGGAAGAUCUAAGAAUGUUGGAAUGCCUAUUUCAAUGCUUUUACAUACUGAUGGAGAGCAUGAAAGGCCUGGAGGUGAUGCUACAGUGACCAUUACUCACAGAUAUACGCCGAAGGAGCAGCUCAAGAUUCACACUCAACUAGCUGACAUUGUAAUAGUAGCUGCAGGUAUCCCAAAGUUGAUUACAACUGAUAUGGUUAAAGAAGGUGCAGCUGUGAUUGAUGUAGGCAUCAACCACAUCCAUGAUCCUCUUACAGGAAAGACCAAGUUAGUAGGGGAUGUGGACUUUGAAGAAGUGAAGAAGAAAGCUGGCUUUAUCACUCCGGUGCCAGGAGGGGUAGGACCUAUGACUGUUGCAAUGCUUCUGAAGAACACACUCAUAGUUGCUAAAAAACUCAUUUACUAGAGCAAGCUGGCUACCUUGGAAGAAGAAACCAAGUUGUUCUAUUUAUUGAUACACGAAACUUAUUUUUUACUACAAAGAUAUUUAUUUCUACAUGGUAUUUAUUUUUUCAUGUAAAUAUAUUGAACCUGAUGGUUUACAAAAUGUUGAAAUACUUUGUGUUACCUCCUAUUGACUUAUUGUGAGGAAAAAUGAUUUGGAGAAUGCAGCCUUUGCAGAUAUGUUAUUGUUGGUCAAGUAUGUGUGUGAAAAUGAAGAACAAUGCAUGAUUUACAGAUAUACGUGUGUAUCUGGGAUGGGUGCAAUAUACAAAAUUGCUUAAGCUCUUGGGACCCUCAGUGUCGAUCAAACUGUGUGAAAUCUAGGUUUCAACAUGCUAAGUUACUUUUGAAAAUAUGCUUUAGGUUCCGCAGUCAUUAAGCCAUCUCAGGUAUUAUGUGAAAAUUUGUAUCCCUUGGAAGACGCUUACAGACUCAAGAUUUCUGCCGUUAAGGAGUGAAAAACUAGAAUUGGUGUUUCAACUGCAAGGCGGUAAUAUUGACAUGAAGACAGAUGCUGGGUAUGCAUUUCAAAACUGUCAUGUAAGCUUGAACAUCAUGGGCAAAAUUCUGACCUUAAGUACAUACAAAAAGGUAGGCGUGAAUAAGGGGCUAGAACUGAGGCUGGAAUUGGUCUUUCAGUAUCCAGAUUGAUGAUUGACAAAAUGUUAGUGUAUGCUGCUGUUACCCACCAAAAAAAGCUGUGAAUAGAUAACUGAGCAGGAUCAUUAGAAUGUAUUUAAAACUACUGUGGAAGCAUAUUUAUAUAUAACAAAAAAAAAAAAAAGCAGGAGUUGAUCCAGGAUGAAAUGUUUGUGCUGGAGUUUUAAGUCACAUACUGUCUUUUAUCUUCUGUGACUGCAUUAAGGGUUCUUAGUUCCUGUUGUAAGGCUGGGUCCUGUGACUGCUUGGCCUCAAUAUUUUGCUGCUUACAAAGGACUGAUUACAAAAUUUGCUGUUUACAGAGGACUGUGUGGGGGUAAGAAGAUGCCUGCUCUGAAAAGAAAAUAGAAACUGGGAAAAUAAGUGGGAGAGGGAUGAUCAUCUUUCUCCUCCCCUCCCUCCCCCCCACCCCCCCAAAGCAUUUAGUUCCAAAGGUGGAUCUAAGAUAGUCUAAUACAAUAUAAAAGUUGGAGUGGAGUUACUGGCAAAAAGCCAAUUUGACAAAGUGUGUUCACUAUUAACAUGAAGAGCCUAUGCCACUUCCCACUAAAGUUAGCGGGAGUCAGUUUGGGCUGUUACCUUCACAUUUUUAUUUCAGUUGGGAUAAUUUCAGUUUACUUUAAUCAGAAGCCUUUGUUGUUUGCCAGUAGAUUAUAGAUUGUCUGAAAGAAAAAAAAGAAAGUGGUUAAAUACUUCUCCCUUUGAACAAACAAAUGUGCUUGCUACAAUAAAAAAGAUGGAGCAUUGCUUCUGUUCUGAUUAUUCUUCUGAUGAUCUUUUUUAGAGUUUUUGCUUACUACAGAUUUUGCAAAAGAGAUUGAGAAAUUAAUUUUAAUCUACAAUCCUGUAGAUGCUUGCUUAUCUUUUGAAAUUUAAGGAGUGGUAUAAAUGUUAGCAGGAUCAAAGCAUAUGAAGAUAAGACACUAAAUGGUCAAUCUAUCGGUGGCUAAGGAGGAAUAAAACUUGAUCACUGUUAUGCUCAUCUUAUUGUGAGAAAUGUGUUAAUACAGGUUUGUGUGUGUGUGUGUUUUCUUUUUUUUUUUUAAUAACUCUGUUA